AUGUCCAACGACCGUUCCACCUCUCCCAUUAACGUCCCCGAGUCUCACUCUCGCCCCAGGCGAGGGUCCGUCGCAUCCGGCCUUCCCUUCACCGAUCUCUUCUCGAGGCAGAAUAACCAACCUACCAAGGAAGCUGUCAACCCCCAGGCAAACCGGCGACGGUUGUCAAUCACCACGCUAGGACUGUCUGGCUCGCCAACCCAAACGUCCGCUUUCGGGUCCUUUCGUCGGGGCAGCCUGUCCAGCUCAUGGGGCUCCAGUGCCCCUAAUGAGGAUGCCGUCGCUGAGGAUGCAGAGGGAGGCUCUCCCAACUCCCCGUUCGCACGGCGGGUUUCCUUUGGAGCUCAGGCUCUAAGGGAUGCCCGGUCCGGCAGUAUAAGCAAUGGUAGAAUACCCCCUGGUUCAUUACCGGCUGCGCGGCCCAGUGCCCGCUCUCCUGCAAGUACCGUCACUUCUCCCCAGGAUGAGAGAUCUAACCCAUCUCGACGAUUAGGCGAAGGCUUUAACUGGUCCGAGGCCCUCCGCUCCCGUGCCGAGCGUGCCCCUUCCCUCGGUGGCGUCUCCCCCAGUCGGCCCCCCAUUCGGGAAAUCCCCAAGCAGGCUAAGCAAAAGAAACCCGAUUUCUUCCAGGAGAAGAUCCUACGUGGUGACUUUAUGGACUAG